AUGUCUGUUAGAGCAGCCAACUAUUUGGCAUGGAAGCCUUUGUCUUUUGGUUUUUGCCGAACUGCUUUGAAGUCCCAAAGAAUUUCUUUCCCAAGAUUAACUCAAAAUUCUUUUUCCACAUCUUCGCCAUGUCAAACCUAUGAAGAAGAACGUGUGGUUCUUGACAAGAUCGAUGCCGAAAUGCCAGAGAUUGACAAGACCCGUCUUUCUACAUUAAGAAAUAUUGGUGUUUCUGCUCACAUUGAUUCUGGUAAAACAACCUUUACAGAACGUGUCCUUUACUAUACUGGCCGCAUUAAAGCUAUCCACGAAGUGCGUGGUCGUGACAAUGUUGGUGCUAAGAUGGAUUCAAUGGAUUUGGAGCGUGAAAAGGGUAUUACUAUCCAAUCUGCUGCAACAUACUGUGACUGGACUCGAAACCAUCCUGAUGGAUCUUCUAAGGACUUCCAUUUUAACCUUAUUGACACUCCAGGCCAUAUUGAUUUCACUAUUGAAGUCGAACGUGCUCUCCGAGUUCUCGACGGAGCUGUCCUUGUUGUUUGUGCUGUUUCUGGUGUCCAAUCUCAAACCAUUACUGUUGACCGUCAAAUGCGCCGUUACAAUGUUCCCCGUAUCACCUUCAUUAAUAAGAUGGACCGCAUGGGUGCUAACCCCUGGAAGGCUAUUGAUCAAGUUCGUACUAAGUUGAAAAUUCCCGCUGCUGCUAUUCAAGUUCCUAUUGGUGCUGAGAAUGAUCUCCAAGGCUCUGUUGAUCUUAUUGAAAUGGUCUCUGUUUACAACGAAGGAAAACAAGGUGAAAAGAUUGUUGUUAAGAAGGAAAUUCCUCCUGAGCUCCAGGAUCUUGUUGAUGAGAAACGUGCUUUCUUGAUUGAAACCCUUGCUGAUGUUGACGAUGAAAUGGCUGAAAUUUACCUCGAUGAGCAAACCCCUACAUCUCAACAGAUUCGUGAUGCAAUCCGACGUGCUACUAUUGCUAGAAAAUUUACUCCUGUUUUGAUGGGUUCUGCUCUUGCCAACAGAGGUAUCCAAUCUGUUCUCGAUGCUGUCUGCGACUAUCUUCCUAACCCUGGCGAGAUUCUCAACACUGGCCUUGACGCUGCUAAUAAUGAAGCCCCUGUCAACCUUGUCCCCUAUCAGAACUCUCCUUUUGUCGGUUUGGCUUUUAAGCUUGAAGAAGGAAAGUAUGGUCAGCUUACUUAUGUUCGUGUUUACCAGGGUAAGCUCAAGAAGGGUAUGACUAUUGUUAACGUCAAGACUGGUAAGCGCACUAAGCUUGCUCGCCUUGCCCGCAUGCAUUCUGAUGAGAUGGAAGAUGUUGAUGAGAUUUGUGCUGGUGAAAUUUGUGCUACCUUUGGUGUUGAUUGCUCUUCCGGUGAUACUUUCACUGAUGGUGAACUUAGAUACACCAUGUCUUCUAUGUUUGUUCCUGACCCCGUCAUUUCCCUUUCGAUUUCGCCCAAGACUAAGGAUACAAAUUUUUCUAAGGCUAUCAAUCGUUUCCAGAAAGAGGACCCUACUUUUGUUGUUAAGUUUGAUGCUGAAAGCAAAGAAACCAUUAUUUCUGGUAUGGGUGAGCUCCAUCUAGAAAUUUACGUCGAACGUAUGAAGCGUGAAUACAAUGUUGAAUGUAUCACUGGUAAGCCACAGGUGGCUUAUCGUGAGACUGUCACAAUGGAAGUUCCAUUUGAUUUUACUCAUAAGAAGCAGUCCGGUGGUGCAGGUCAAUACGCCAAAGUUAUGGGUAACUUUGGCCAAGCUGCCUCUACUGAACAGAACACAUUUGAGUCUCAAAUUGUUGGUGGUAAGAUUCCCGAAAAGUUUCUUGCUGCUUGUGAGAAAGGUUUUUUUGAAGCUUGUGAGAAGGGUCCCCUCACUGGCCAUAAAGUUAUCGGUGUUCACAUGCUUAUUAACGAUGGUCAAAUCCACGUUGUUGAUUCAAGUGAACUUGCUUUCAAGACUGCAGUUCAUGGUGCUUUUCGCGAAGCAUUUGUUAAAGCACAGCCUAUUAUUUUGGAACCUAUUAUGGAGGUGUCUCUCACUGCCCCUGUUGAAUUCCAGGGUAACAUUCUCGGUCUUUUGAACAAGCGUAUGGCCACUAUAAAUACUACUGAUAUUGGUUCUGACGAGUUCACUAUUACUGCUGAGUGCUCUUUGAACUCUAUGUUUGGUUUUGCUUCUCAUCUCCGUGCUGCAACUCAAGGUAAAGGAGAAUUUUCUCUUGAAUUUAAGCAUUAUGCACCCACCCCACCACAACUUCAGAGAGAGCUCAUUGCUGAGUUCCAGAAGAAGCAAAAGGCUAAGAAAUAA